AUGGGUCCUCCUGAUUCACUCGUGCUGCCUGCCUUCUUCUUCCAGAAGUCAGCCAACGCGCCUACUGGCUACUUCGAUCUCGUCCUCGCCGGUAACAAGCCACAAUAUGUCGCUAAGGCGGCCAAUGGAGGGGUGGUCUUGACCUCAGCAUCGACUGGUGCCACCGCGAAGAACGUGAACGGGCAAUCCAUAGUCACCUCGAUCUCCACAGUCGACUGCAAAGGCUGUUUCGGCGUAGAGCAAGGGAACACAGCAUACACGUGGGACAUCUCCGCCAACGGCCAAUCCACCACUCUCACAACUGGAACGGCUUCCUUGAACAGGACAAUGGUGGCCUACUCUCUGCAGAUGAAGACCAAGCCCACUUCUACGCCUGGUCUGUGA